CAUUUUUUAUAAGUAUCAAGGGGAGAUUCUUACAAGGAAUUUGCAAGGAUUGAAUUCCCAACCGUAAAAUAUAUAUAAAAGUGGGGUAAGGUGGAUCGAGGUAGGGAUAGGGACCAGGAUGUAAUUUCCAUUCCCAACGGAAGAAAAAUCUGUUUCCACUCCCUCCCUUGUUCUCGAGGAUUCACCGCCCCACUGGAUUAAACCGACAAUUCAAUUAUGUGACUCGACUUCCUUCCAUGUGUUCGUAGUCUGUUGAAGUAUUCAAUCACAAAUCAUAAGCGAACCCCAGGGGUGGUUUGGGAAAUUCAACUCCCUUUCGUUUAUUUAAAGCUGAGAAUCCACAAAAGAGGGAAGAACACCGAGAAAAACGGAGAGUUUGUUUUGAAUAAAAACAGAGCAUUUUGAGCAAAAACAAGAAGAAGAAGAAGAACCACAACAAAAGAUGGGCGAAGUGUCUCUAUACGUAGAGGAGUUCCAACUCCAAACGUCCUACCAAGUCUCACGCUGUAGGAUCUGCCACGAAGACGAAUUCGAAACUGCCCUCCAACUCGAAGCCCCCUGUUCCUGUUCUGGCACCAUUAAGUUCGCUCACAGAGAUUGUAUUCAGAGAUGGUGCACCGAAAAAGGCAGCACAGUCUGUGAAAUUUGUCUCCAGAAUUACGAACCAGGCUACACGUCACCUUCUAAGAAGCCUCAACGCGGCGAUCCAGGUGUCACUAUUAGGGAUAGUUUGCAAAUCCCUAGAAGCGAGGAAGAAGAAGCGGCAGAGCCAACGUCGCCACCCGCAGACGGCGGCGCGUCGGACUCCACUUGCUCCACCACCGCUGACCGUGGUGCUUCCUGCUGUAAAUCCGUGGCUCUCACUUUUACUUUAAUGUUGUUGGUGAGACAUUUCUAUGAAGUGAUUACUAUUGACACUGCACAAUACCCAUUUACGCUUGCCACUGUUCUUAUUUUAAGAGCCAGUGGGAUUAUUUUUCCUAUGUACGUGAUAAUUCGAACGAUCACCGCUAUUCAAAACAGUGCUCGUCGAAAUCGGUAUCAGUACGAGGACGAGGACGAGGAGGAAUCUGAUGGUGAUAGUGAUGAUGAUAUUUCGAGCUUUGAAGAGGAUGAUAGAAGAGCGCAUCAUAUUGUCUAAGCUUUACACAGACACUCAUGAUUUGUUACCAUUUUUUUUUUCUUUUUUAAAUUACAAAUAUUAUUUGAACCAACACAACCUCAAGGAAUUUAUUUAUUUAUUUAUUUGUUAAACCAA